AUGGAUGCCAUCUGUCUUGGCCUUGCAUCCAAAAGGUUGUUGACAAUGAUGACUAAACUGAACCCUCAACUACACUUUAACAUCAACACUCCACACUCGAUCAAACCUGGUACACUGCCAACGUCAAUCACAAAGCUGCAGCUGGGUGACUUGUUCAAUCAACAGUUGAACAAGCCAAACAUGAUACCAUCGUCGCUGGUCACACUCAAGUUUGGAAGGAACUUCAAUCAACCAUUGGUCAUCGACAUGCUCCCAACAUCCAUUACAAAGUUGCGCUUUGGCGAGAGUUUCAAUCAACCGAUACCCUUUGGCGCGCUGCCAUCAUCACUUCUAACGCUGUCCUUUAGUUACGCAUUCAUUCAGACGAUUCAACCGCGAUCAUUGCCACCAUCACUCACAAAUCUUGACUUUAAUCGACCUCGCGGAGGUACUAUAAAUUUAACUCUCACGUUGGUGAUGCCCAAAUUUAAACAACCACUCCCCCUGGAGAUUGGCACGAUCCCCUCGUCAGUGCAUACGCUCAAUCUUCCGCGUUGGUACCAUCCGGUGCAGAUUCAUCAGGACUACUUGCCAGCCUCACUCAAGCAUCUGACCAUCAACUAUGACUCGGUGGCCAAGCAGAGGGAACUAGGACCAGAUGCACUGCCACGCACACUAGAGACUCUCAAGCUGGGGCAAAGUAGUAGUGUGAUCAUCAUCACCACCACAACACCUGGAUCACUGCCCGAUACACUUGUUGAGCUGGAUGUUGGUGUGCACACAUCUGCUCCGAUACAAUUCGACAAGCUGCCAUUGCUAAGGUCGCUGACACUUGGCCAAAAGUACAGACAUAGUGUUUUUGUUGGCACACUUGGAUCAUCAUUGACCUCAUUGAGCAUAAAGAACAAUCAUGUUUUGGAAUCAUUCCCAAUGUCACUCACAUCAUUGGUGCUUGGCGCAGAGUAUUUUGCACCGAUCAAUCCUGGCGCACUUCCAUCAUCAUUGACGACACUUGAGCUUGGAAACAAGUUCUUUUAUUCAUUGUCCAAUGGAGUGCUUCCGUCAUCACUUAGGUCAUUGUCCUUGGGGUCAUCAUACUUUCAUGACACUGUACUUCCCGACUCGCUCACUCAUCUUACCCUCUCCUCAUUCGAACAAAUCACAAAAUGUCUGGCAACAGCAUCAACAUCAUCCACUCAAUCAUUGGAUCUCAAAGUAGUUCAAUCACUCCAACAUCCAUCGUCUUCAUCAUCAUCAUGUCCAACUCAUCUACAACACAUGUUCAGGUCAAUAACAUAUAAGAUCAAGGAAAAGACAUCGAUAUUACUUGACAAGAGACCAAAGGAUAUGAUUCAAACAUUGAUUGGAAUGAUACCAAAAGCCACUACCUACACCAUUCAUUCUCAUCAAUCGCUUGACAACCAACCAAUAUUCCACAUACGUACAAUCGACAACAUGGUACCAAACAUCAUCUGUAUCAUCAACAACAAAUGA